AAAGUGCGUAGCUGACAAUUUUGAAAGAUGGAACGCUAUUGCUCCAGCACCUGCGAAUCAAUAUGAGCCUCCCCGUAUUCCCGCAUCUCAAUCAAAGAUGGGAAGGAGGCAGUACCUAGAACGCCUCGCACUUGGCCGAUCCGCAUAUCAAGAUGAAGCAGAGCAGCCGCGAAGAAAUGCUGGCUCGUCAAACGCAUACCCGAGUCAAGAGGUGACUGGACACGAAUAUGAACAGCAAUACGACUCCCAAGGCCGACCCAUCAAUCCAGCUAUCGAGGAAUUCAACGCCGAGCAACGAAAAGCCCAAAAUGCUGUCCUCGCCUUAGUCGGCAUCGUGGAAAAGAAAGAAGAAAUUGAGCAAAGUAGCGGCCUUCGGUACAGAGCGAUCCAAGAGGCGCGUCGGGAUCUUCUCAGAGAUGAGCAGGAUCGCGGCGAAGUGCUCGAGUAUGCUGUCUAUGCUGUCAAUUUCCUGUUCCAUCUCUGGCCGGAUGCUUUCAUCCAGCGGGUUCAAAUUGGACUGUAUGAAUCUAGUCGUUCCGUUGCAGAAAUUCUGUCAACAGAAUGGGCUGAGAUGUAUCGUGGCGGGAUGCGGUGGUCGCUGGCAAAGCGGUUUCCAGGAGGCGUGGCAUCAGUCGUGCAUGCGUUGACGAGGGUGGGGCUUAUGGUGGGCGCAGAGUACGUCGUGGGUGAGCUUCAAGAUUGGAUUAUGAGGAGCAAGUUGAGUCGAAAGACGAGGGAGAAAUUGCACAAGGGCUUGGAACACGUGCUACAAGGCCUUAUAGCAGGUAUCUGCAUCGUCUUGAUGCCGCUGGAGUACUACGCUGCCGCUCAGAGACUAGGACUGGCUCCUGCUCUAUCCGUACUACCUGACUUUCGAUCAUUCUUCCCAGCGAAAUAUGCUGGAAGCUUUCAUCGGCAGAUCUGGAAUGGCCGACCUGGAUCUCGUAUCGUAGGACUCAUCACAUCACCAGGAGCAUUCCUCUUCAUCUACCGAAUGCUGUUCUACGAUGCCACAGACAGCGUCUUUCCGGUCUUUCAUCUCAUUACAGACUUCAAGUUUCCGGAUGUCAACGACGAUCCCACAAAGGUUGCGAGGCCUGGCUUCCAGCGUGAUCCCGUGGGCUGGGUUCUUUAUCAGUGCUACUCUCUGCGUUGCCGUUUCCUACAGCGCAGCGGCUGGUCCGUUAUCAAACGCAAUGAGAACCGGGCACUGCGUGACACUGAUGAAGCAAAUAUCCGGCCUGUUUCUGCUGGAAAAGUCACUCCAGUCCAUCGCUCGACGAUCAUGGCGCAACUACCAGUCCAGUUCGUGGCCGAUGCUAUUGAUGGCGUGCUAUGCCGAAUCAUCAAUCUCCCAUUCGAAGCGCUGAUGAUGCGAACAAUAGCCGCCAAUUUUCUGGCCUCGCCUAACGAAAAGACUGUCGCUGGUCUCAUGUCCGCAUCUAGGUUGUACGCUCCUUUCGGUGGCGGUCCUCUGACUAGAGGUGGUUCUGGACUGGGGCAGUACAUGAGCCGCAUAGGUCUUUCUCUGGCACUCUCGCUGACCCUUGACGUGGUCAUCUUCCACGGAAUCUGCAAUUCUGUAAGAAGAUUGGGAGUCAGAUAUUUUGAUUGGGGUAGGAAGGGCAAGAUCGGGCAGGUCAUAUAUAGCGAGGAGGGUUUUGCGGCUCGUGGUAGUCAAGAAGAUCAGCUAGAUCAAAUGCAUUAAGUCACUGUUGAAGAGUCGUGUUCGUUCGAGCUUGCAGUUUGGGGUCUUUUCUUGUGCUUAGAUACUGCUGCGAGGGCUGAGACUUGCCGAGCGUCGCUUGCCGAACAUUUGGCUUGCGUGUUGUGCUCGAGUCCAAGCUCGGGAAGGUAAGG